AAAAGAAAUUGUCGUGCCAGUAUGAUUGAACAACUUGAAAAAUCACAUGAUCAGUUGGUUAAUAAAUUUUCUGAAAGUGAGUUGUUUUCUCUCAAGAUGGACAACAGAUACCACUCACCAGAGGAUAGUGAAACUAAUGAAGACUUUCAAACUGGUAAUAGAAAAAUUGUAAUAAGAGAUCUUUGGUGGCGGUCAUCAAUA